CUGAGCUGGAAAAUUCUUUUGAAAAUUUCUCACGAGUGACGCCCUAGCUGGGGAGGGCGGAGGAGCAGCGAGCAUGCGCGGAUUCGCCAGUAACAGGAGGGCUCUCAGGGUUGCCGUUCCCAGGCAGGACACAAACAUCUCGGAUUUCCUGACCGCGAGUGGCACAUUUCAAGAUGGGGACAUUCUCCUCAACCGGGAUGGUUUGCGAGUUGUCACUCAGGAGCCCACGACCAGCCCUGUGGAUGGCCAAAUUGCUCUCACAGACUUGGAAGCUGUCAAGGUGAUUGGAAAAGGCAGCAGUGGAGUUGUGCAGCUUGUUCGUCACAAAUGGACUGGACAAGUCUUCGCACUAAAGGCGAUCCAAAUGAACAUCCAAGAGACUAUGCGAAAACAAAUCGUUCAGGAGAUUAAGAUCAACCAGUCCUCGCAAUGCCCCUACGUUGUAGUUUGCUACGAGGCCUUCUACAACAACGGAGUCAUUUCCAUUGUUUUCGAGUACAUGGACGGAGGCUCGCUUCUGGAUGUGAUCAAAGAAGUGAAUGCUCUUCCCGAGCCGUAUUUGGCAGCCAUUUGCAAGCAGGUGCUCAAGGGUCUGGUGUAUUUGCACCUUGACCGUCGUAUCAUCCACAGGGAUAUCAAGCCAUCAAACCUUCUCGUGAAUCACAAAGGCGAGGUGAAGAUCACAGACUUCGGUGUAAGUGCCGUCUUGGCAAACUCCAUGGGACAACGAGACACUUUCGUUGGAACAUACACCUACAUGUCGCCUGAGAGGAUCAGUGGGGGCGCUUAUGGCUUCGAGAGCGAUAUUUGGAGCUUGGGCUUGACGCUGCUGGAAUGCGCGACUGGACGGUUCCCAUACUUGCCUCCGGGCCAGGAGAAUGGAUACUUGAACUUCUACGAGCUGCUCGAGACGAUUGUGGAGCAACCAGCACCCGUUGCGUCGCCAGAGAUGUUCUCGGCCGAGUUUUGCUCGCUCAUAUCUGCGUGCAUCCAGAAGGAACCGAAGGAUCGAAUGACCGCUGCCGAGUUGCUGAAGCAUCCGUUCAUCCAAAAAUACGAGAACGAGGACAUCAACUUGGCUGUGCUGGUUCCCAGGCUGCCGCCCGGUGCUUAAAUGUCGGCGUUACAAAAAAGAGUAUAAAAGUAUUUGUAUUAUUAUUAUUCCACCUCAGCGAAUAAUGACCUGACAUGGCGCCCAGGUGGCCUCCACGCGA